GAUUCAUUUUGCUGAAAGCGCCUGUGUAUCCCUCUCGACGGUUACCAAAAUGCUCCUCUUUUGUCCAGCGUGCUCGAAUAGCUUAACCGUGUCGAGGUUAUAUUCGGACGGGUUUCCCAACGGCAUCAAUCGUUUGGAAUGUCGAACAUGCCCUUAUCAGUUCGUGCUGAAGAAUCGUUACUUUGAGAGGACCGAGAUGAAGAGAAAGGAAGUGGAGGAUGUCAUGGGCGGUGCUGGCGCUUGGGACAAUGUCGACAGCACUGAUGCGCAAUGUCCAGCUCAGGAUUGCGACGGCGACAAAGCCUACUUCUACAUGGUGCAGAUUCGAAGUGCAGACGAACCUAUGACGACUUUCCUAAAGUGUUGCAAGUGCGGUCACCGGUGGAAAGAGAAUUAGACAAGGUGUUUCUGGUAAUGAUGGGUAUAUACUUAAAUCUUGGCGAGGCGUUUAUUGUGUGGGUGCGGCGUACGGCAAUUGGAUCAUGCAUGCAAUGGGAUGCUACAACUUUUCCAUUCAGUUAUGAGUAUUAUAGGCAUAGUUUUGCGAGGAUAUCAUCCAUGAACGCCAGA